AGAAUCCAUUCCCACACUUUCGUUAGUUUAUGAAGGACCAAAAGAAAAUUCAUGAGGAAUUAUCCUUGAGUAUUAGUACUUUGGUUUAAAGUUAAAUAAGAAUAGAAGAUAUGAUCACAACAGGAACCUUGCGUUGUAAAAUUUCUAUUUCUAUUCUUAUAGCAUAUGCAGAUUCCAGUCCAGUUAAAAAAAUGUUGCAUGCUCCAACUAUGAAACUAUAUGUAGUCAAAGAAGUAUAUAUUCUAAUUAAUUAUAAGGAACCAUUACAUAAUAAAGAAAUUCGUAAGAAUUUAAAAGAUUGGAUUUCAUUUUGGUAGAAUAAAUGUUCAAAUUCAAUUUAACAUGUUUAAAUUUACUCUACUUUUUGGAGUACACCUGAAGGCUAUGUAUCAAUUGUAAUGGAAUAUAUGAAUGGUGGAUCUUUAUAGGUCAGUUCUGUGUUUAUUAUUAGAAUUUAUUAGAGAGUAUGGGUGUUUUACCAGAAAGAAGUAUAAAAUAAUUAGUCUAACCAAUAUUAUAUGGAUUGCAAAGAAUCCAUUAAUCAGGUGCUUAAUGUCAUGGAGCACUAGGACCUUCACAAAUCUUAUUUCUAAGAGAUGGAACAGUCAAACUUAGUCAAGGAUUAUAAUACAGAGUUUAAAUAUAAGGUAAUUAAGUUUUCAAUUAAUAUAUUCUUGGAAGAGUUAAAGAUGUAUAAAGGUACUAAAUAUGUAAAUCUUAGUUUAUAUGAUCCAUCAAUACUUGAAACACCUUCUUUAUGGAGCAAAGCACCAAGUGAAAAAUAUCACUUUCCUAUAUAAGAUGAUUUUGUUUUGGAACGUGCAAAUGAUAUUUGGAAAUUAGGAUGGUUAUUAUUGAAUUGUGCAAUUGGUACUAUGGAAUUCCAUCCUAAGGCUUAGCAAAUAUAUGAAGGUUCACGAAUAAUAUUAGAAGAAAUUACUAAAUAUAUUGAUCAAUUAAAAGAUACUUGUUGUUUAUUACAUAGUGAAAUUAAAGUUAUACAAUUUGUUGAAUAGAAUUCUAAAAUAAUUAAUGAACCAACUAAAAUAACUAUAUUAGAUUUAUUACCAUCUGAUAAAUUUAGUGUUGAAUUCAUACAAUUUUUAUGUUCUACUCUUAAAAUUGAUCCUAGAUAAAGACUCUUUACUGAAUAAUUAUUAUAACAUUAAUGGUUAACAGGAGGUAAAGAAUGUAAAGGUAAUUUAAUUAUUAUUAUAAUAAUAUAGGUCCAAAUGUACAAUUAAAAGAACUACUUUCAAUCUCAAAUGCUUGGAAUACAUUCUUGCCAGAAGAAUUUCAAGGACAAGGAGCUUAAAAAUUAGAAAGAUUAUGUGAUGCAUUAUGUUUGGUAUUACAAAAUUCUGAAAAACCUACUAUCAAUAAGUAAUUAUUAUUCAUGUUAUUAUAUAAGAAUGCAUUUAUAGGAAAAUAGUCCAAUUAUAAAAGAACUCUCUUAUGAUAUGGGUAUCAAUACAAAAAUAGUAAGUGAAAGACUAAUUUCAAUUUUCCAAUCAUUAAUUUGA